UAGAUUUACCAAUAUACUGACGGUGAUUCUAUAAACCUCGUUAUUUUCAUAGUGAUUUUCAGUUAGGAAGUGAAAAGGUGUUCAAGUAACAUUCAUUAGUUGGAUAUGUAUUAUUCCUUUAUAUGACAUGAUGUUAUGUUAAGUACGUUAGGAUUUAUUCGUGAGUGUUUUGUUGUUGGGAAAAAAAGUUUGUAUUUGAUUACUGAUUCAUUGUGCGGUGAAAAUACAUAAAAUCAUUUUUUGGAAUAAUUGUUGUAACAGAUGGUGGUUUAAACAUUUUAAAGACUGCAUGACGUAAAUGUUCCUAGAUGGGGUAUACAAAAGUGUUAUCAGCGGUUUUUGUUGCAAUUUGCACGUGGCUUGUUUACGUCAAAAGCGCACAAAUAGUAACGGUGUUAGACCAAAGGGUGGCAGACAUAAACGUCAACAUGGAAAUGAUGUUGUCCCAGGAGACAACCCCGAAUAUGAGCCUUGUGAUGUCAUCAGAAAAUAAUACUCUCGAAACUUUUGACAAAGUUUGCUAUGAAAUACAACACGGAGUUUCUAUAUUGUUAGAUAUAUCUUCUCCGUCAGUAGGGCCUCUUCUACGAUCGUUCGCACGUGCUCGUGGUCUUGUCUUCAUGACAAUUAUGGACGAGAGCCUCGUGCUCCCUUCCGAUGUAGAAGAUGAAUUUUACAUAAAAAUACAGCCUCCAGGAUCUGUGAUGUUAAAUGUCAUUGCAGAUAUAAUAGGUUUUGACAAUCUCACAAAUAUAGCCAUCCUGUAUGACGACAGCUUUAAUUUACAGAACAUUCCGAGACGGAUAGUGAGCGGAGUGUUGUCACAUCAUAUUUAUCUUGAGAUAGAAGACGCUGGUAUCGCUGAUAUGAUGGAAUCUAUCAAACAAUUAGAAAUUGAAAAUGUCUUUAUAGUUUCGUCUUUGAAAAACGCAGCAGAUGUAUUAGGAAAGGGAAGUCAGAGUCUGCCGCGCUACAGGGAGAUCAAUUGGUUUGUCGUCACGAAGGAUCCAAUAGAGUCAGUCAGAUGUAUAGAGUGUAGCAACGAAAUGAGGUUGGUUCUUGUUGGCGGGUACUAUUCUAUAGACCCGAAACGAACCUAUGAAAAAUAUUUGGAGAAAUCUCGUUUCAGAGAUUCUAAAACAAGGAUAGACGAAGCUUUCGCCUAUGACCUCUUAAGCAUAUUCAAGGCGAAUUUGUCACUUGUAGAUCGAGAAGUGGAGCGUGACGUCUGUUUCAGCAAUGAAAACACUACUGACUACUCCGAGUUUAAUGAAAGAAUAAUGACAAAUUUAUCUGAUAUAAAUUACGAUGGGGUGUUUGGUCCUAUUAUUUCAACAAACGGCUUUAUCCGACAAAGGAUUAAACUGGAGAUCCGGAAGGUUGUGUUUAAAGGAGGACGCCAAACUAUGCUAAAUCAUCUCGGUCAUUGGACGGAAGAAAGUGGUCUGAAUCUGAAUGAUAAUCUUAAAUCACUUAUCAGAGAAAAACAAAAGAAGACAUACAAAGUUGUUGUCAUACCGGAUUAUGAGCCUUUCAUAUACAGGGAAAAAAUAUAUACAAAUGGAACGUACAUCUAUGAAUAUAAUGGUUUGUGCGUUGAUUUGUUUAAAGAGAUAGCUAAAAAGUUAGAUUUUGACUACGACUUUUACGAAACUAAAGAUGGUUACUUUGGAUCACUGAAUGACGAUGGGACUUGGAAUGGAGCAAUCCAUGAACUCAUUGAAAAGAAAGCAGAUAUUGCUGUGGGGCCAAUAUCAGUGAUGUCUGAACGAGAAAAUGUGGUCGACUUCACUGUGCCUUUCCAUGAGCCGGUUGGUCUAACCAUUCUUAUGAAGAAGUCAAAGUUCGAGUACACGCUUCAUCGGUUCCUCAGCGUUCUUGAGCCGGAGGUUUGGGGAUGCAUUGUGGCCUCCUACUUCUUGUUCAGCGUUCUUAUGUGGUUAUUUGACAAAUUCAGCCCUUUCAGCUACCAAAACAAUCCAGACCGCGGAGCUGGUCCAGAAAAAAGAAUUUUCACAUUCAAAGAAGGCAUCUGGUUUUGUAUGACUUCCCUUACCCCUCAAGGAGGUGGUGAGGCACCAAAAGCAGUUUCUGGUCGUCUUGUUGCGGCUACAUGGUGGCUGUAUGGAUUUUUGUUGGUGGCAUUUUACACGGCAAAUCUCGCUGCAUUCCUCACGGUAACGAGACUUGAGACUCCGAUAACCUCUUUGGAAGACCUUUCAAAACAACAGAGUGUGAAAUAUGGACCAAUAAAUGGAACAAGUGCAUUGAUAUAUUUCAACAGAAUGAAAGAAAUUGAAGAGCAGUUUUACAGAAUCUGGAAGGAUAUGAGUCUAAAUGACAGUUUGGAUGCUGUUGCACGUGCUAAACUAGCAGUGUGGGACUACCCAGUUAGUGAACAAUUUACAAAGCUCAUUAGUAGAAUGCAUGUUCCAAACACGACGAGUGAAGCGAUGGAGAUGGUCAGACGUGGAGAAUUAGCUCUAAUUGAAGAUAGAAGCCGGAACAGGUAUCAAGUUUUAACAGAUUGUAAUGUAGAGGAGAUAGGCGAGGAGUUCAGCAGGAAACCUUUUGCCUUUGCUGUCACUCAGGGAUCUCCACUGCGGGCUCAGAUGUCUAACGUAAUUCUUGAACUUUCUAACAACCGAUACCUCGAAGAUCUGACAAACAAGUGGUGGGAUUCCAAUGAAUUGAAAAAAGAAUGUGACCGAAUUGAAGAUGAAAGUGAUGGAAUUUCCAUUCAAAAUAUCGGUGGUGUUUUCCUCGUAAUCGCCAUAGGAACCGGCCUCUCUCUGAUAGCAUUCGUUGUAGAAUAUUAUUAUUACAAAAUCAAGCCGCUAAAAGAAGAAAGGCUGUACAAAAUGCGGGGACGCACUAAUGUUUCUCGCAUACGAUCUGAGGUUAGUUUGGAUACUAUAGAUGUUGAUAGGAAUGGUUCCCGAGCGCCAGAUGGCGGUGGUGGAUCGACAUUACACGGUACCAGUACCGCUACGACAGACCUUUCUGAAAGCAGUGUAGACUUUUCAACAGCUUAUAGAGGAAGCUUCAGGCGAAGCACAAAGUCCUUAAAUCGGACGCAUUCGUCGCGGUGCAAUGGUGUCUCGAAUGGAAUAAAUGGAAGGAGAAAAAGUGAGUUUGGACACACGAAUGGACACGUCCACAAUGGAAUAACAAACUCAAUAUUCACAUAUGAUUCAGAUGAUAACAUGUCAGUUAAAUAUCCAGACUUACAUGAUCCGGAUAGAAACUCAGUGUUUUCGGAGAAAUUGUGAAGACUAGCUACCAAAAAAAAAACACACAAAAACUGACCUCAUAAUUUGAGCAUGUAGCAAUUUCUUCCAAAAACUGUUGAAAUUCCGGAACAUUUUGUAAAUAAGAUACAAUUGAAUCAAAUUAUGUAAUAACAUUUGAAAAUACCUAAAUAAUGUUGCCUUAGAAGGAACGUGUGUAGUGUCUCGUCAAAAUAAAGGCAUGGAAGCAAGAAUGAAAUUGCAAAAGAUAAAGAUUUAUUAUUUCAAAAACUGAACAAGUAAAAGUUUUGAAACAAUAUAUGGUACGGAUGAAGCUAGCUUUAAUACAACAAAAAUUGUAUAAUAUGAAUUGUUGUAUGAUAACAUAUGGCGGUUCUUUAAUGGCUGGAAUAAUAAAUUGACGUGUUUGUGACGUGUUACUUCAGCCAAUCACAAUCAAACAGAAGGUACCUACUGAUUACAUAAAAGAACGUGAACCCCGUAGCAAAUCAAAUACAAAGGGACCCAAAGAACUGAGAAACGAAUUAUGAAUUAGUGUUUAUAUUAAGUCACUCAAAAUCAAAAUAAAUGAUACUUAGGGUACAUUAUAAUCUAAUCCAUUUUGAUAAAGUGCGUGAUGUUUCUUAAAAUAGAUUCAUAUUAACAUACAAAACCAACAUUUCAAUAUAACAUAUUGGAGGGUUCUGAUGCACGGGAAUCACGAGUAAUGAAACUGUACCUCAGGGCUGUCUGCCAAUUUCGCUGUGAUAUCUAACUGACAUCAUUAUUGUUAGACUGUUAAAGUUAAAUUUGAGAGUGGUGAUUUUGCAUCAAAAUGAUGGAUUAGAAUAAAGGUUUGAGGAUUUUGACGUAAUAUUUAUGGCAUCUUGGGGCUAUAAAUUACACAAACUUGGUAACUCAUAUGCUCGAUGUUGGUCAUGCAUGUUGAGAUAUUUUCAUCAUAUCACGUGUCUGUUUUGUCAAAAUCACGUGACUGUUCAUAAUUUUCAUGACAGUUUUGUUUCCAUGCAUUUUUCAUCAAUUGUGAAACACGGUGAUGUUUCCAAUGAAACAUAUAAAUUUAAAAUGAUAUGUUUUGACUCGGUAAAUGAAUCCAUAUUUUAAAAAUACUGUUGUAACUUCAUUUGUUACAUACAAUCUCAAAAAAGCAUGGGUCACCACAAAUGAGAUGUGUCACAAUAUUUCAUAUUUUGAUUUUUUUUUUGUCGUUUUCUUUGAAAAGAAUUUAGUAAAUGUUUGAAGAAAAUAUCAAAAUGAGUUCGAAUUUUCAUGAAUAUGAAAUACACAGUGCAUCGGGAUGGAUUAUAACAUAGAAAAUUUCAUUUCAUGCUACAUAAUAAGUAUAAAUUCGAAAUUUCUUUGUCACUGAUUUGGCUAAAAGAUAAUUAAUAUUAAAUGUUAUGUUAAAUCUCUAUAAAAAUGAAUUAAUAUCAUCGGAUUCAUAAACAUAACUCAUUUAUGACAUUAAUUUCAUAAAUAUUGAUAAAUUAAUAAUGGAUGAGCAAUAAUUUCACUCGAUUUGAUUUACAAUUUACAAUAUUUUAUAUUUUUAGAGUUAAACUUUAUUCCAUUUUCAUUAAGCCACGGUAUUUUUUUAUUUUUCUAUUAUAAUUUAAGGGUAAUUAUUCGGUUAUAUUAAUUUUCCGUUAUGUUUCAAGGGUAAUAAUUGUUGUUUUUACUUUGCUAUGAUGUUUAAAGAAUAUGUAUUGGAUUUAUUUAUUUUGCCAUUUUUGUUUUAAAGGUACUUAUCAUUUUUAAAAUGAUAAAAAUGUGAAAGAUUAUAAGAAGUUUCAUAGAAUAUUGACAUUUAUAAGCGUCUGUGCUAGAUUUGCAUAAUUUAAGUAAAUAUUCAUGAAAAUUAAACAUAAUUUAACAAUUGUUUUUUGAAGAGUGUCUAAGUGGUGAAAUAUGUUUUUACAAUUUCAAACAAAUAUUUAUAUCUUCAUAGCGUUAUGGUCAUUUUGUCGAAAGAAUUUUCUCGACACAGUGUCUGUAACGUUACAUAACGUGAAUUUUAUAGGUAAACAGAACAAAACCUUCCGAUACAAAGGAUUCCGAUUGCUAUUUCACGUGGGUCUAGCUAUAAUUUCGUGCAUGCAUUUAAUACUCACUUUUAUGAGAUUUAACAGACAUCAUUCUUUUAUUUAAAAUAUAUUGGUAGGAUUCUGAUCAAAAUACGAACAGUAAAAUUGCAAACUUUAGAUAACCUAACUAUAACUUUUUAACCUUUAUCUAAUUAAUGUCUGUUUACGUUGAAUUGUGACUGUUUUUCAUUUUAAUGGAUAGCUCAAACAAUUUCUGAUUUUCAGACGUCACAAUUCUUAGAGUCAUGACGUCAUGAUGAAUCAAUAACAUAUUGAUCUACACUGGUUGUUAGUGACAGCAGUGGUACACACA